AUGACAACACGCAAACAUUGCUGUGAACAUAUAUAUAUAUUUCAAAAUUCUCACGAACAGGAAAUGGAGGAUAAUAAUAAGUUGAAGCCCGUAAAUGUUGAUGGAAAUAGCUGUGCAAAUCAAAUGCUGUAUGCGAAUUUAUCUGAAGGUUUUAAGAAUGAUGAGCAGGAGGACCCAAGUACAAAGACUUUUACCGUAGAGGAGGUUGCGAAACAUAACACAGAAAAGGACGCAUGGGUAAUUUACAAUAAGAAAGUUUAUGAUAUAACGCAUUAUAUUAAAUAUCAUCCGGGAGGAGAAGAUAUUUUACUGGAACAAGCGGGAAAGGAUAUCACCAAUUAUGUUUUUCAGUAUCACCCGUGGGUAAAUGUCGAAAGAAUUUUAGCCAAUACAUAUAUCGGUAAGACAAUAAAAUUAAAGAAGCUUCUAUAA